UCAGUUCGGACAGAUCUUGAAAUACGGAAAUGUUUUGUGAUAUGUACUCGGACAGUCUUCCUCUGACUUUUAAUCGUUGUGUGCUUUGUGAUCAUGAGAGUUGCUGAAGAAAAUCCCUCGAGGUUUUUGUUUAUAUCAGUCAUCAGUGUUGUUUAAAUGGAAUUUUCGUGUAACUAAGCGUACAGACAGCUAGUCAACUAACUUCACGAGAAAGAACUAUCCGUAACUUAGCUGAGAAUGGCGAAAUUCCAUGAAAGCAGCGAAGAGUUACCUAGCCACCUUCAAUGGACAUUGUCCAAAGAUGUUUUCCAAAAAGUUCUUUCUGGAGCCUCAUGGUUGUCUAAAUCUACAGCUACCCUUCAUAAUUUUCGACACGGGGAGCAACAAUCUUUGCUGAAAAACAAAAGAAACCUUUCUUGCAACGAAUUAUAUCAAGGAAAAUCAGUACAGUACAGGACGUACUUACACCCGCAUGGAAAGAGACCUCUAUGGCUAUCAAGGACUCACCUACCUUCAAACCUGUCAGCAGACGAACCAGUCACCAUAUCAGAUGUUUGCAGAACGGUCACACCUCUAAUCCCACCCAUUCCAGAACAUGAAGAAGGCGUCAGUUGGAUAACGGCAGCUUUCCUUCUUCUCAAUGCUGCGCUUGGCAUUGGAAUACUCAACUUUCCUGCAGGCUACGAUCAAGCGGGCGGAAUUCUAUAUGCUACAUUCACGCAGCUAUUCAUGGUCAUAAUCAUCAUUCUCACCAUGCUCAUAUUGGCUUAUUGUUCCGAUGUCAACCUCGAUGUUACAUAUCACGACGUACUCCUAUCCAUGUGCGGUCGCAAUGCGCAAAAAUUGGCCGCUCUCUCAAUAUGUUGCACGUGUUACGGAGUUUGUGUUGCCAUCUUCAUCAUCAUUGGUGAUCAAUUAGAUCGAAUGUUCCUAGCAAUUUUUGGCUCAACUUUUUGUCAUCAGUGGUACUUAGAGCGUCAUUUUACAAUAACUGUGGCGUCUAUUUUGCUUGUGUUGCCCAUCUGCUACUUCAAAAGAGUGGACUUUUUACGAUAUGUCGGUUCAUUGGGCAUUUUUGCUAUGCUCUACCCUGUGUUCCUAACAGUGUACGGAUAUUUUAAACUAGAUGUUAAAAAUGUGCACAUCAAAACAGAACCAGACAGCAUAGCUCAACUCUUCGUUGUUGUACCGGUACUCUGCUUUGCAUACCAAUGUCAAGAAGUUGUUGUUCCCGUCUACGCUUGCAUGAAAAAUAGGACUCUGCGUAGUUUCUCUAAAUCAUGCUGCUUGGCAAUGAGCGUUCUUGUGAUUAUUUAUUCAAUCAUCGGGUGCUUCGGAUACUUGACGUUUGGAUCCUUGGUUUCCCCAAACGUGAUGAAAAUGUAUAACGCCGAUGAUCCUGUUGUGAUGAUCGGCAUUGGAGCUCUCAUCCUGAAAAUGGUUGUCACCUAUCCCGUGCUGGCUUUAUGCGGAAGGGGUGCUGUUGAUGGACUCUACGCUGAAUUCUUUCGAUUGUCGGCUGGAGAGUUCAUUCACGGUGAGAAAAAACGGCGGAUCAUCAUUGCAAGCACUUGGUUUGGAAGCUCACUCUUGGUGGCGCUCUAUACCAGCAGUAUCGGGACUGUAAUCCACGCCCUUGGUGCUGUAUCAUCAGCUAACAUAUUUAUUUAUCCAGGUUUAUGCCUUCUGAAAGUUGUGCUUCAAGUAGAUCCAGACUUCAGACGAUGGAGAAGUGUAUUCCUCGUUAUUGGCGCUAUAGUGUUGUGUUCACUUGGCGCCUUUUUUGCCGGAAUAAUACUUGUAGACACUUUUUUCACCGGAAAAGCUAGCUACGACAACGAGCUAUUAUGUUCCUAAAUUAUUUGAAUGUUCAUCUUGUGUCUAAUUGCAGCCUCCAAUGUAUUGUAGGAUUGUAAUUGUGUUGUUGUAUUUACAAUCCAACUCUACUUGCAAAAAAAGAGUAUUUGCAUAUCAGGGAUAGAUAUAUUGAAACGAGAGUAUGAGUUUUCCUCUUUAGGAUAGUUUAUUAUGAAGUUUAGUACAUGAGAAAACUUUGUUAUAAUGGAAUUUUUAUGGAUAUAAAAAAUCCAUCUGAAGACAGUAAUUGAUCUGAAUCCGGUGAAACUCAGAUCAGCAGAAUAUGCAAACUUUCCAUCGUGAAGAAGCGAAUCGGAUGUAAUAACAGAUAUAAGUUAGUAACUGAAUUUUAUUAUAUUUUUUUGCAGAUUGAAACGAAAACUUCAUUAAACUCUUCUAUCCACCCCCCCCCCCAUAAUA